AUGCUGACCCACUUGCCAUCGUGGGAGGAUAUCCAGCAACUGUUGGGAACUUUGCUGACUCCAGAGGACAGGGAGAAGUGGAAAGCCGAAAGGGAUAAGAUCUUGAGGGAAAUGUACCCCCAAGACGCCCAAGCCAGAACCGAGAAGACAGCUGAAGUGAACCCUCAAUGGGACCCUAAUAAUCCCUUGCACCAAACUGCCCUGCAUGAGUAUCGUAACUUGACACUGCGGGCCUUACAUGCUGCUGGAAAACCACCAGUUAAUUUUGCAAAACCAGCUAUGGUGAUUCAAGGGCCCCAGGAAAGCCCAGAGGCGUUUUUGAGUAGGCUCGUUAGUGCAUAUGAACAAUAUGCUCAGUUAAAUAUAAGAGAUCCGGACCAUCGAAUGAUGCUGAAUGAAAAAUUUAUUGCCCAAAGUGCCCCUGACAUCAAACGGAAACUGCAGAGGUUGGAGGGAGCAUUGGGGAAAAAUACCAGUGAGUUGAUGGAGGUAGCUAAGAAGGUGUAUGUGAAUAGAGACAGGGUAGAGGAAGGAAAGGAGGAGGGAAGAAUGAAGAAGCAGGCAGCUUUGCUGGCUGUAGCCGUGGGACACCGGUAUUAUACCCGAGAAGCUGUUCAAUCAAUCCAGGCUUUGAUCGCUAAGUACCUAAAAGCAGGGAUUUUGGUCCCGACAACCUCAUCUUGGAAUACAGCAAUCUUACCUGUUCGAAAUCCUGAUGGGUCAUAUCGCCCAGUGCAAGAUUUGAGACCUGUCAAUGAGGCCACAGAGACAAUCCACCCGGUAGUCCCGAAUCCGUACACCCUAUUAAGUACCAUACCUGCCUCCGCAGCAUACUUCUCAGUGGUUGACUUGAAGGAUGCGUUUUUCACAAUCCCAAUACACACCAAGAGCCAACCCCUUUUUGCCUUUGAAUGGGAAGACCCAGCAUCAGGGAGGAGGAGACAAUACACAUGGACCCGGUUGCCCUAGGGCUUCAAGAAUUCACCCACCCUCUUUGGGGCCACGCUGGGAGAAGACCUUAAAUACUUUCAUCCGGUACAGCGUGAUGAUGUCCUGCUCCAAUAUGUUGAUGACGUGUUGGUAACUGGAAGGAUGGAGGGGGAUUGCUGGGAAAACACCCGCAGGCUACUGGAGUUACUGGUGGAUGCCGGCUACCGAGCCUCAAAGAAAAAGGCUCAAUUAGUACAGCGGGAGGUUAAGUAUUUAGGCUACCAUCUAGCCGAAGGAAAACGCACCCUUGGACGGGAAAGAAAGGAAGUGGUGGCCAGGAGUCCUGAACCCACAAACAGGCGGGAACUGCGGGGAUUCUUAGGGCUAGUGGGGUAUUGUCGUUUGUGGAUCCCCAAUUUUGCAAUAAUAACAGCCCCACUAUACCAAUCUACCCGAGGAAGUGACCAGGACCCCUUUGUUUGGGAAAAUCCACAGCAGGAAGCCUUUCAGGCAAUAAAAACUGCUCUGCUGGAUGCCCCCGCGUUAGGGCUGCCUGAUCUGGAAAAACCAUUUUUCCUAUUUGUAGACACUAGGAAAAACAUCGCCUUAGGAGUCCUAACCCAACAGAUUGCCUCGUGGCACCGUCCAGUGGCUUACCUAUCCAAACAGUUGGAUGAGCCGGCCAAAGGGUGGCCACAGUGCAUGAAAGUGGUAGCCGCCAUAGCCCUACUAGCUAAAGUGGCAUCUAAACUCACUUUUGCUGCUGACCUCAUCAUCCGGAUGCCCCACGCGGUCCGGACUAUGCUGGAAAAUAAGGGACACCUCUGGCUCAGUAAUCAAAGGCUGUACCAAUACCAAGCUACGCUAAUUGAUAACCCGCACCUCCAUUUGGAAGUGUCUGAGAAUUUGAACCCUGCUACCCUGCUUCCUCUUCCUGGAGACUGCGUUAAUCAUGAUUGUCUGCAACUACUAGAGGCCCAAUAUUCGUGUCGCCCAGAUUUGAAGGACACUCCGCUUAGAGAAGCAAAAUACAACUGGUACACAGAUGGCUCGAGCUUUGUGACGGAGGGGCAAAGGGUCGCAGGAUAUGCAGUAGUGGACCAGGUGCAGGUUGUGGAGGCGGGACCCUUGCCGGCCGGGACAAGUGCCCAGGAAUGUUAUAUUGACAACAUACAUGCGUACACCGCUCGGGCCACCCAGCAGUGCUCCGUUUGUGCUCAAGUCAACCCUAGGCAAGGGCCAACUCUGCCGCAAGGAGAGCAGCCCAUUGGGUAUAUACCCAUGGACUCUAUCACCAUGGACUUCACCAAUCUCCCUAAAGCAGGGGCAUAUAGGGCUCUGUUGGUAUUGGUUGACUCCUAUUCAGGCUGGCCAGAGGUUCCGGUUAGGACUAAGCAAGCUAAAGAAGUAAUAAGGAUUCUGUUAAAGCAUAUAAUUCCCCAUUUUGGGGUACCCUCCACUAUAGCCUCAGAUAAUGGACCCGAAUUUACAAAUAAAAUAAGCCAGGGGGUCAGCCAGCUCUUAGAUAUUAAUUGGAAGUUGCAUUGCUCCUUUCACCCGCAAUCGGCAGGACGAGUGGAACGAAUGAACCGAACAAUCAAGACCCAACUCACUAAAGUGUGUAUGGAAACCAAACUCAGAUAGCCCAAUGUUCUUCCUAUGGUGCUAUUUAAUAUUUGGGUCACUCCACACAGGAGAACUGGACUCUCCCCCUAUGAGCUGAUGUUUGGCAGACCCCCGGUGGUCCUGAAAAAAGAGCUCAUGGGAUACCCAAAUUUGACUCAUAAGGUUGCUGUAGGGAACCACGAAUUGAUCCAGCAAAUACAAGUUCUCAAUAGAACAGUGAACUGCCUCCAUCAGUACAUGAUUGAACAGCUCCCUCCGCCAUUGAAUACUAAACGCCAUGAGUUUCAGCCAGGAGAUCAGGUGUGGGUUAAACAUUGGAAAUACACUAACUUGACCCCCCAGUGGAAGGGCCCCCACACUGUCAUUAUGUCCUCUCCUCUUGCAGUCAAAGUACGCAGAGGGAAAAGUUGGAUAUACUGGACCCGUUUAAAGAGGGCGGCGUCCAAGGCUCAAGGGAAGUGGCACGUAUGCCCAACAGCCGAUCCUCUUCGGAUUAAACUCUUUAAGAACUCACCACCAGGAACCGGGGGAGUUUUACUACAUCCCACUGCUGGGUCACCCCCAGAAGCUGACCCUCUACGCACUGGAGAAGAUGUGGAUAAUUGUCACUCUGGUGACUCGGGGGGGGGGAAUGAGGGGAAUUAA